AGUCGAACCACAAGGUUGUUCGGUACAGCAAUUGUUUCUUUACUCAGGGAAGUACAGCAGGGCACGGACUGGCAGACUUUUGCUGUGUCCUAGGACGCGAAGGUAACACUUGAACUGAAAGAUCUAUUCUGUGCAUAAAGUCAGGUUCCCAACUGGAGGCAUCGGGGACCCACUGCUACUAAAUACAGAAACUCGUUAAGUGGAAGCUUUUAUCCCGUCCACAACCAUUCGAGUGGGACUUCAUAAAUGUCAACAAAAGUUUUUCUAAGUUCAGUGUUUUCCACAUUUUAUUUUGUCUCUCGUACCAAGAUUUGACUCAGUGUUUUGUUAUGACGUUUGUUGUCAUAAUAUGCCCAUCUUUUUUAUUAAAAGUUAUUACUUCUCGAUAUAUCAAACUGAAUAUAACCAAUGCAGUCAAAUGACUAAACGACGACCAAACAGCUGUUACCAAAGAGAAAUCAAUCUAUUUAUAUAAGAUUGUCACAAAAAUAUUAGCAUAAAUAUGAGUCGUUUAUUUCUAACUUAAAUUACUGGCGUUUCCAGUUAAGGUUCGUUAGUUGUCCACAUACUCGCCUCCGAGUAUCCUUUUCAACUGUGUUACUUGUGAAGUCCUAGAAAAACAUGAAGAUUUGUCUUUUGUUGUUCUCUAUAGUCUCAUGGUUGAUCCAUUACCGUCUACAAGUCAAACACAGCCCAGUAAAUUUUUUUCAGUGGAUAUUAGAGAUUUUUUUGAAAGGAUAAUGAGACCCCGGCAUCUAACAUCCUGGAAUCAAGUUGAAGAGGCCAUAGAUCUUUUGCAGAAAGUUUGUUCCAUAAAUAUUGGCUAACAUACAUAGAUGACCUAUACACACUAUGUAGUUAGAGAAAGCAAAUUAAAUAAAGAAGAGCCUGGACUCCAUUACCACUAUGUUGUGUAUGUGUGCACUUUUGGCCACAAAAGAAAGCCUGAAGGUACUGGGCAAAGAGUUAAAGGAUCAAAAUUCACUGGCUGUAAAUCCAUGUUUAGAAUCAGAUAUGAGCAUAACAGAUAUAUAAUACCGGCUUCUAAAACAGUGCACAACCAUCCGUGCGACAGGGAAUAUUUAACAAACGACCCUUGGUCCAGAAAGCUCAGCCAAGACCAGUUGCAAGUUUUAACCCCGAUGAUCACAGUUGGUUCAGAACCAAAUGAAAUGAUUAAAUAUGUUGAUGAAACCUUCAACAAAACCAUCACGUUCAACGAUUAUAAAAAUCUCCGACACAAAGUUGCUAAAAGUAAGUUUCCUUAUAGUUAAAGAUUGUCAGGUUGUAGAAUUCAAAAAGAUGGUCUUACAAAGGUAGAUUGUUUGACAGCCCUAUGAAUGUCACGAUAAUGUCAGUCAAAUUUCCAGAUUAUGCUUUAUUAAAUCAUAUGUGUAAAUUGUAAAUGUAUAAGCGGUUUCUUGAGAUAAUUGUUAUCGAUUCCACAUAUACAAACAAAAAAGUAAAAAGAUCCCACUUGAUAACAACUAUUUGUUCCAAUUAGUUAUUACAUAUAACAAUGGUCACGUAUACUAUAUCCUUAUAUGCAAUCUUUCUUUUAUAUAUUACCACCUCUGAAUUAACUACUUUUAUGAAUCCGGUAUCCAUCUUGUGUUAACGAGGUAUGGCAACUUGGACCAAUGCAUAUAUGUGCCUGGUCUUACGUUGUAGCUGACUAACUGACUGAUGGUCACGUAUAUUCAGUUACUGUUGCUCAAUCUAAACUUGAUAAAAACCUACGAAUAAAUCUAGACUCAUCAUGACAGAAGCAAUAACAAUUAAAGCAUUUCCAAUAUACUUUGUUGGAUGUCUAAACUAAGGAGUAUUAAUAACACAUCGUAGACUAAACGUUUCUGUAGAAAAGUUGUUUUCUGCGGAAUAGGGUUUCUUAUACCAUACCCAACCCUCCUUCAUCGAGGCUACAGGCGAAGGUACAAGUCUUCUCUAAGAUACCUUGUUUGAAAUCUCACAACCAUUAAACAAUAUUGCGUUGGGAUUUUUGCAGUCAUUAACCAUAAUUUUCCUGUUGAUAAUUUCGGCAGCAUAUUCAACAUUUCCAUUAGGAACGAGUUCCUAUUUAUGUUGUCUUCGAUGCAGAAUCUUUUCAAUCACCUCGACUGCUCCGGGAUUUGGCAACUUCAGUCAAUAUACAUACGUACCAGGUUUUACAUUAUAAACUAAGUGACUGGAUUAACACUCGUGACCAGGGGUCGUUUACCACUGUCGUAUAGGUAGUCUUCCUGUGUGUAGUAAGCUCAAAUGAGUUAUUCUCUUAGCUGAUUCCAAACGUAAGUAUAUAAAUAGUGUCGUUCGUCCUAACUUCCGGUAGUAUAAACACCAGCUUAUCGCACACAAAUACAGCAUAAUAAUACCGAGAUUUAUGUUUUGUUUCAUUCACUUUGCUUUCUUUACUACAAAAAAUAUGGAAUUCAUCUGUUAACAAGUAUAUUUGGUAUAAGUUAAAUUCUUUUCUCAAGCUAAUACUUGGUUCACUAGUAUUUUCCUUCCCAUUUCAGAUAAUCAAAAAAAAGAAACUAGAUAAUCUAUUGCUGAUGUACAUACUCUGUAAAUUUAAUAAUUAAAUUAUAAAUUUUAAUUUCAAA